AUGUUCAUCACACUGUCCUACACAACACACACGAUCAUCUCGAUAUCUCUACACGUCCUGGGCGUCGUCAUCGGCCUAUUUGUCUGGUAUCUAUUUCCCAAACAUGUGAGUUAUGGGGUUUUGAAGGAAAACUUGUGAACCUGCUUUGAUUUUAUAAUUUUGAAUGAAGAACAAAGGUAAAAACACCGAAACGCGCACGAAUUUGGCCGGAAUUUGAAUUGCCAAGCUCAAAAACUCUAAAAACUUCAGAUUUUCAGCCGACGCGUUCGAUCGUCCAACUACCGUCCGAACGAGUAGCCGUCUGUAUCGAUCGGUCGCCGAUUUGCACAAAAACCGAGCAGUUGAUGGUUCCGUUCCAUCAAAACGGUCAACAUUUGAUGCAUAAUAACGAAAACGCGGAGAAAUUAAUCGACUUCGACGAUCAUCACCUACCGCACAUCUCGGCGCUUCGCCAAUUUGGAUAG